AUGGAUAUGCGAGGAGCUGGGAUUUUCCCGGAUGAGGUGGUUAUUCAGAUUCUUGCAAGGUUGCCUGUGAAGUCCAUUUUUAGGUUCAAAACCGUGUGCAAACUGUGGAAUAGGAUGUCUUUGGAUAAGUAUUUCGUUCAAUUAUACAAUGAGGUGUCUAGGAAGAACCCCAUGAUUCUGGUCGAGGUUUCAGAUUCGUCUGAGUCCAAAUCUAGCUUAAUAUGUGUGGAUAAUUUGAGGGGUGUGUCUGAAUUUUCACUGAAUUUCUUGAAUGAUAGAGUUAAGGUUCGAGCAUCUUGUAAUGGGAUGCUGUGCUGCUCUAGUAUUCCUGAUAAGGGUGUCUUCUAUGUCUGCAAUCCGGUCACUCGCGAAUACCGGUUGCUUCCCAAGAGUAGGGAAAGGCCUGUGACUCGGUUUUAUCCGGAUGGCGAGGCUACCUUGGUUGGCUUGGCCUGUGAUUCGGCGUAUCAGAAGUUCAAUGUUGUUCUAGCAGGCUACCAUCGCACUUUUGGUCAUAGGCCGGAUGGGAGUUUCAUAUGUUUGGUGUUUGAUUCUGAGUUGAACAAGUGGAGGAAGUUUGUUUCAUUACAAGAUGACCAUUUCACUCAUAUGAAUAAAAACCAGGUUGUUUUUGUCAAUAAUGCUCUACACUGGUUGACAGUUAGCUCUACAUAUAUACUUGUGCUUGAUUUAAGUUGUGACGUUUGGAAGAAGAUGCAGCUACCCUAUGACUUGAUUUAUGGAAAUGGUUAUAGGAUUUAUCUCUUAGACUUUGAUGGCUGCUUGUCUGUUAUUAAAAUUUCAGAAGCAUGGAUGAAUAUAUGGGUGUUAAAAGAUUACUGGAAAGAUGAAUGGUGUAUGGUGGAUAAGGUGAGUCUGAGGUGUAUCAGGGGAAUGGUGCCAGGUAUUUUCCCGAUCAGUCAAACCGGUGAAUAUGUUUUUUUGGCAACUCAUAAGCAGAUUUUGGUGUAUCAUCGCAAGAGUCAAGUUUGGAAAGAAAUGUACUCUGUCAAGUAUAGUUCAGCACUCCCAUUAUGGUUUUCUGCUCAUGCAUAUCGCAGCACAAUGUUCUCAUGUAACUGA